CACGCACAGAACCCGUUGAUAACCGACGGCCGUCGCUUUUCGUUUUUCGCUGGCGGGGUGUCGGGUCUGCGAUUACGAGAUUACGUGGCCUAGCCCGGCCCGGCCUGGCUAGCUAACCUGUCUAACUUGUCCAUUUUGGGGCACUUAAUCCACGACGCCCAGGCUCGGCCAAAGCCGUGCCGAGCCAAGGCAGGCAACUGAGCGACGGAACGACUGACUGAUCACCACCAGUUCUUAUUGAAACGGCCUCCAGAGCGGUCCAGCCAGCGCAUAGCUCUCGACUCAAACAGGAUGACGCCCAUGUCCUGUCUCCCGCCACUGUUUCUGGCCCUGCUGCUAACGCUGCUCCUCGGACGGGGCGAGGGCCUCUCGGCUGCGCAGGACCCCUCUAGUCCUGCAGUAAGGGAGAAACGCGGCACCGUCACCCUUGACUUUGGUCUGCUGUUGCGCAAUGUGCUGCUGAAAAGCGCCCAGCUGUCCGCGGCAAAGGCCAAUCUCACGCGCACCACGCGGCGGCCCACGACGACCACCACCCCAGCACCACCUCCACCUCCGCCUCCUCCAAGGCGCCGCCGACCUAUCUGGCAUCCGUACUUUGCCUCCGGCUACCUGCCUUUCGACUACGAUUAUGCGGACCCUCCGGCUCCGGCUGCGACGUCACCGCCGCCACCGCCGCCACCACCAACGCCGCAGCCAACAAGGCGCGUGCGGCCCCAGCCACGUCCCCUAGCCUUCUACUACGGACCCAGGACGGUGGCGGCCCCGCCAGCACCCCCACCACCUCCGCCGCCACCACAGCAGCCAUCACAGCCACAACCUCCGCUCUACGACUAUAACUACGACUACGAUGCUUCAGCAGCACCACCUCCCCCGCCAGCAGCGCGUCCAGUUCCCCGGCCACGUCCUCGUCCGCAACAACAGCAGCAGCCGCAGCCCCAGCCGCAGCGACGCCCGACGCAACUGGGAGAUCGCCUUGUCUAUCAGUACGCACAACCUACUGAUACCUUCUCUAGGCCGCAGGUGCUCGGGGGCGGGGUGGAGGCUCUGACGGCGGCAGCGGGAGCAGAGGCAGGGACGGCGGGCGAUCCCGGGGACGUUGGGGAUGUGGAUGCCACAGACGUAGAAGCAAAUGGGGCAGGAAACGUAAACGCUGCCACGGGCAGUGGCUCUGGCCCUGGUACUGGUGCGGACUCCGAUCAAUCCCCGCCGCCUUUCCUGGUGAACUAUAACAGCGAGAGCGACUUCUACUCCGGGCCUCCGUCUCCCAGCCAGCAGAGCCCUCCAUCGGCGCCUAAAGAUGCGAACUCCAGCCCGUUCGCGGACUACGCCAUCGCUCCACUUGGCUUUGACAGCUCUAGAAAGGGCCUCACUUCUCCCAAUCAGCAGUACUUUUUUAAGUAAGCGUUUUUUUUUUCAUUUUAUUUUAUGUGUUGCAGUGUGUGCUUGUGCAAUAAAGAAACUAUCAAUCAUCCCA